AUAUUUCAGCUGCAGAUGUUGACGAUGGACGCUGGAUUUCGAAAUAAGAGAUAGGCACAACACUUGAAGAUGUCGGGAUUUUUGGAUUCCCCAGGACAUGCUGGGUUCGAGAGGAGGUCCAGCUUCAAUGUUGGGGCUCCGAGUGCUCAGGGUACCAGGGGAAGAAGGAGAAGUACAAUGGGAAGUGUUUUAAUGAAUACAGAAUCAAUCAAAGAGAGACAGCAAAAGGCUCGAGACCUGAGGGAAGUGAGGCGGUCAAGAUUGCAACCUACCCACAAAUAUGUGUUAACAAUAGUGUCCAAUCACCUGAAGCUCGACCACACAGUGGUAGAGGAUUUUGUCUUGGAUUCUGAGAGAAACCUGCAGGUGUUUGACCUGUUCCUUCAAAAGGGUGGAAGCAGAAGUUUGAAGUUUUACUAUCAAGACAGUGCAACACCAGGCUUGGAAGAGUGUGGAAGGAUUGUCCAAGGUACACCUAAAGGCACUGUGGUACCUCGGAUUUUAGUGACAAGUGGCACAGGAAAUGCCCUGCAUGGCCAAUGUGUGUACUUUCUGCGUACCAAGACCGAGUUGAUCCUUAACCCAAACAAUAUAAGCGAGGAGGUAACGUUUGGAGUGCUAGAUGUGUCGCAAGAACCAGGUGUGUUGUCUGCGUUUGAGAAUAUCAUGUCUAGCAUCUUCCAGCCAUCCAUGAGGCACCUAGAGAACUGGGGAGACUUACUGACCACACCUCAGGGAAGGAAGUCCAAGAAACAAUUUCUCGACAAUUUUGAAAACUUUUUACAAUACCUUAGAAGUGCCCAGGCCAAUGCUGGGGAGGGUGUACACCUAAUCAAGUGUACCAGUGACAAGAUUAACCUGUCGGAGAUCUCCACUAUCAAUCACUGUAUCGACGUGGCAGCCAACCCGGAUGUGGUCAGUGACAUGGAGGAGCUGGCUAUGGCCUGGUGUAAACAGAUAGAACAGAUUUUAGCAGAGAGUGAUCAGAUGAGAAAGGAGGCUGACGACACAGGUCCCUUGGCAGAGCUUGACCACUGGAGACAGCUAAUGGCAAGGUUUAACGCUCUCUUGGAACAGAUCAAGAGCAACAAAUGUCGUAUGGUCAUCAACAUCAUCAACAUUGCAAGGUCCAAGGUUCUAAAGAAAUGGAAAGAGUUGGACAAGAAGAUUACUGACAAUGCUAAUGAAGCCAAAGACAAUGUAAAGUUCCUGUACACGCUGGAGAAGUACUGUGAGCCACUCUACAGAUGUGAUCCGGUGACUAAUCAGAUGGUGACCGCCUGUAAGAACUACAUCACAGACGAGGGUGUAACUCGGAUCUGGGACCAGCCCAGACAACCUCUUAUAGAGAAGCUACAGAACUGUGUCUCCCUCUACAAGAACUACCAGGCCAUCUUCCAACGCACCAAGAAAAAGAUUGAGGCUACACCUGGAGAGAAACCAUUUGAGUUUUCAGAGAUGUACAUUUUCGGGAAGUUUGAGACCUUCUGCAAACGUUUGGACAAGAUUAUCACCUUGAUGAACUCCAUCCAGGCAUUUUCAGCUUUGUCUGAGUCAAAGAUUGAGGGCAUUGAGUCUUACUCGUCCAGAUUUCUUCAGAUUUAUUCUAGCCUGAAGAAAAAGCCAUAUGACAUCCUGGAUCAUCGAAAACUGGACUUUGACAAUGAUUUUGAUGACUUCAAAAGACAGCUUGGCGAUCUAGAGUCUGGAAUCCAAGUUUUCAUGGAAGGAUCAUUCUCUAAGAUGACCUCUGCCACCCAGGCUCUCACCCUCCUUUCAAGAUUUGAGACUCUCAACUUACCAAGACUGAAAAUAGAGGAAAAAUAUGCAACCAUUAUGGUGCAGUAUGGAGGAGAAAUUGAGGAAAUAAGAAAGCUGUAUAUGAAGUAUAAAGAGGAUCCACCCAUCCCGAGGAACAUGCCUCCAGUGUCGGGCAAGAUCACCUGGGCCAGACAGCUGUCACAGCGGAUACAGGAUCCCAUGGACAUCUUUGCAAUGCGGGCAAGCUGUUUGAAGACAGAAGAUGCAAAGCGAAUUAUUCGUAACUACAACAGGAUGAUGCGAGUACUCCUGGAGUAUGAGAUGCUGUACCAUGAUGCCUGGAAAAAGUCUGUAGCUGUGGCUACCAAUUUCCUACAAGCCCCUGUGCUAGUGAGACAUCCCACAAAGCAAGGAUUACUGCUGGUGAACUUUGACCCCUACAUAUUUGAGGUGAUAAAGGAGGCGGAGUACAUGAUGAAGCUGGACUUGGAGAUCCCAGAGGCAGCCACAGUACUAGUCCACUCCAGGGAUAACCUCAAGGCCCACAACAACAAACUCCAGAUGCUGCUUGAUGAAAACAAUAGCCUGAGAGCAGAUAUUCCACCCAUAUUUUUUAAUCUGCUGAGGCCUUCAUUGAGGAAGGUGGAUGUGGCAAUACGACCAGGGCUAGUGAAUCACACCUGGACAUCUCUCAGUCUGCCAGUUUACUUCGAUAUUGUGUCAAAUGCCCUGAACGAACUGGGAAUAGUUGUCAAACAGGUAAAUGACAUCAAAGUAACAAGGAUCGACAGCAUGCUUAAAGAGAUCAGUGAAACAUUACUUUGCGACCUGCCAGAGCGUGCACCAUGGACCGUCAGUCAGUUCCUCAAAAAGAUGGAGGGUUAUUGCAAAGACAUGGGACAAGAGAUCAACAAGAUGAGUCACGUGAUUGAGGAUGCAGUGGCUGAACUGAUCAGGAUCUUUUUACACAGAGCCCAGAUGGGACAGAGUGUUAUAGAUGUGGAGCCAAGUGCUGAAGCUGGCAUGGAUGUUAUGACUAUCUUUAUCGCCAAUGAAGAAAGUUGUGAUGGUCAGAGUGUGGAUGACAGUGUCAGUGACAUGUCGGACGAGCAGAACAUUCGAGAGGCUUGUGAUGAGCUGAAGGAAUCCUUUAACCAUAGACUUGUGGAGGCGUUGCUCAAAGCCACACGACACUCUCUUGAUGUGAUGAGACGUCGCUUCUUCUCUGGAGGCAGAAGGCAUGGUAUGAUGCAUUUUGAUGAAAGUGUUGGAGGUUUGAGCAGUGGUAGCAGACAAGUUCCAUUCUUCACUGCAAACAUCACUUUGUCCAUCCCUCAUGUGGUGAUGCAGCCCGGACUGGAGGAUAUACAGCACGCUCUCAACAAAGCCACACAGAUGGUAGUGGACAUCAGUAAGGAUGUGUACCAAUGGGGACAGGACCGCUCACGACAGUUCACAACAGAACACAAAGAAACCAACUCUUUUCACCCUCAUGAUCCAUUGGCUCAUAUGACAAAACUUCUGCCUCCCAUACCACUAAAGAACUACCACAAGAGUAUUGCAGACAACAAGGAUGUGUCAAAGUAUGUGAUGAUGAUGUCAUCCGCACUCAGUACACUGAAGGCAGACAUCAUGGAGGCCCUACAGAGAUACUCAGACUACGCCUUUCUAUGGGAGAAGGAUCGAGAGGAGGCUGUAACGGAGUUUGUAGCAGAAGAUCCCAUUUUGUCAGAGUACAAGGCAAAAGUUGCUAUGUUCAAGAAACUAGAAGACAACAUUGAAGACAUCCACACUUCAGAACAAGUGGGCGCUAUUGAACUCUUUACAGAACCUCUGAAGCUGGCCCUGAGGGUGGAAAUCAAGGCCUGGAAGCUUCUGUUUGGAAAAGAACUCAACAGAAAAUACCGAAGUAAAAUGGAAGAAGUCAUCAACUUCAUAGAUGACUACAGCAAACGUCUGGCUCGUCCAAUCAGAGACCUAGAAGAUGUGAGGGAGGCAAUGGCUGCCCUUACCGACAUCAGAGAAAAUACCAUACAGAUAGACAUGACAUUAGGCCCUGUGGAGGAAUCCUAUGCUAUGCUGCAUGAUUUUGAGGUGACCAUUCCCAAGGAGGAGACUGAUAAAGUGGACUCUGUCAGAUAUUCCUUCCACAAGCUCAUUGCCAGCUCAAAUCAAAUUCAAGAUGAGCUUGUCAGUGUUCAGCCCGGCUUCAAGAGUGAGUUACUGGUGUCGGUGGAGGUAUUCCAUAAAGACGUUUCUGAUUUCGGACUCAACUACGACACUGAUGGUCCCAUGUGUGAGGGCAUCACUCCAACUGAAGCUAAUGACAGACUGCAGGCUUUCCAGAGUCAGUUUGAUGAGCUGUACAACAAGUAUGGUAUCUACAGUGCUGGAGAGCAGCUGUUUGGACUGACUGUGACAGAGUACCCCAGUCUGAUGAGGAUCCGUAAGGAGCUUGGCCUGCUCCAGAAACUGUACGGCCUCUACAGCACUGUGAUGACUGUAAUCAAUGGUUACUUUGACAUUCUGUGGACAGAAGUGGACAUUGAAAAGAUCAAUGGAGAACUGAGCGAUCUGCAGAACAGAUGUCGUCGACUGCCUAAAGCACUGAAGGAAUGGCAGGCAUUUCUGGAGCUGAAGAAAAAGAUUGAUGACUUCAGUGAGUCUUGUCCAUUGCUAGAACUCAUGUCCAAUAAGGCAAUGAAGGAGCGUCAUUGGGACCGUAUCGCCAAGUUAACUGGGCACACAUUUGAUUUUGACUCAGAAAAUUUCACACUCAGGGACAUCAUGAAGGCACCCCUUCUCAAAUACAAGGAAGAUAUUGAGGAUGUGUGUAUAUCUGCUGUAAAAGAAAAGGACAUAGAAGCUAAACUGGCUGUUGUUAUUGCUGACUGGAACGGGCGAAUACUGAGCUUCUCUAACUUCAAGGCUCGUGGGGAACUACUGCUGAAAGGUGGUGAGACUUCCGAGAUCAUUGCUAUGCUGGAGGACAGCCUCAUGGUUCUCAGCUCUCUCCUAAGUAACAGGUACAAUGCCCCUUUUAAGAAGACUAUACAGGAGUGGGUGGCCAAGCUGUCCAAUACUAAUGACAUCCUGGAAAACUGGCUCAUUGUACAGAACCUUUGGGUCUACUUGGAGGCUGUGUUUGUGGGCGGAGACAUUGCCAAACAGCUUCCACAGGAAGCCAAGCGAUUCCAGAACAUUGAUAAGUCUUGGGUGAAGAUCAUGUUACGUGCCCAUGAGGUCACCAAUGUGGUGCAGUGCUGUGUAGGGGACGAGACCCUGGGGCAGCUAUUACCUCAUCUACUGGAACAGUUAGAACUCUGUCAGAAAUCUCUCACUGGGUAUUUGGAGAAAAAAAGACUGGUGUUCCCAAGAUUUUUCUUUAUUUCUGACCCAGCCUUGCUGGAAAUCCUUGGACAGGCCAGUGAUUCCCACACAAUCCAGGCUCAUUUGCUGGGAAUAUUUGAAAAUGUGAAUGAGGUCGAGUUCCACGAAAAGGAUUAUGACAGAAUGAUGGCUGUCGUCUCCAGAGAAGGAGAAAAGAUUAUGUUGGAGACGGAGAUCAAUGCCAAGGGUAAUGUGGAGAUGUGGCUUGGAGAACUACUGUAUCAACAACAGAGAUCACUACACGGCGUCAUCAGGGACGCAUUCCGCAACAUCAACACACCUGAGUUCGAGCUACUGGGAUUCCUUGCCAACUUUCCUGCUCAGGUUGGUUUACUAGGCAUCCAGAUGAUAUGGACUAGAGAUGCCGAGAUUGCGCUGCAGCAUGCUCGCAGUGACAAGAAAAUUAUGCAAACGACCAACCAACGCUUCCUGGAUAUGCUCAACAAGCUGAUAGAACAGACAACUCAUGACCUCACUAAGGUGGAAAGAGUCAAGUACGAGACACUUGUCACAAUCCACGUUCACCAGCGUGACAUAUUUGAUGACUUGACAAGGAUGCACAUUAAGUCAGUAACAGACUUUGAGUGGUUGAAGCAGGCCAGGUUUUACUUCAAGGAGGACACAGACCAAUGUAUAGUCCAAAUCACAGAUGUAGACUUUAUCUACCAGAAUGAGUUCCUUGGCUGUACAGACCGACUUGUCAUCACCCCACUCACUGAUAGGUGUUACAUCACACUGGCUCAGGCUUUGGGAAUGUCUAUGGGUGGAGCACCUGCUGGGCCUGCUGGAACAGGGAAAACAGAAACCACUAAAGACAUGGGCAAGGCUCUUGGCAAAUACGUUGUCGUCUUCAACUGUUCGGAUCAGAUGGACUUUAGAGGUCUUGGCCGAAUCUACAAAGGACUUGCCCAGUCUGGAUCAUGGGGAUGUUUUGAUGAGUUCAACAGAAUUGAGUUGCCUGUAUUGUCUGUAGCUGCACAGCAGAUCUACAUAGUUCUGGUCGCCAAAAAGGAGAGAAAGAAGGAGUUCAUUUUCACUGAUGGAGACAAUGUUGAUCUGAACCCAGAAUUUGGUCUCUUCAUCACCAUGAACCCUGGGUAUGCCGGUCGUCAGGAGCUGCCUGAGAAUCUGAAGGUCCAGUUCAGGACAGUAGCUAUGAUGGUUCCUGACCGUCAGAUCAUCAUGAGGGUCAAGUUGGCCAGUUGUGGUUUCCAGGAAAAUAUCAUCCUGGCCCAGAAAUUCUACACCCUGUACAAGUUGUGUGAGGAGCAGCUUUCCAAACAGGUGCAUUAUGAUUUUGGUUUGAGGAACAUCCUGUCUGUGUUGAGAACACUCGGAGCCAAUAAGAGAGCUCGUCCCAAUGACACUGAGAGCACUAUCGUGAUGAGAGUGUUGAGAGACAUGAAUCUCUCCAAACUGGUCGAUGAAGAUGAGCCGCUGUUCAUGAGUCUGAUUGCUGACUUGUUCCCGGGAAUCACCCUCGACAGUGCCACAUACGCCGAACUACAGGUUGCUAUUGGCAACCAGGUGGAUAACGCUGGUCUCAUCAACCAUCCUCCCUGGAAUCUGAAACUUGUCCAGUUGUUUGAAACCCAACGUGUCCGUCAUGGUAUGAUGACACUGGGACCAAGUGGUGCAGGCAAGACGUGCUGUAUCUACGCGCUGAUGAAGAGUAUGGCGGACUGUGGUACGCCUCACAGGGAGAUGAGGAUGAACCCCAAGGCCAUCACAGCUCCCCAGAUGUUUGGACGUUUGGACGUGGCUACCAAUGAUUGGACAGAUGGUAUCUUCUCCACACUCUGGAGAAGAACACUCAAGGCAAAGAAAGGCGAGAAUGUUUGGCUGGUUCUCGACGGCCCUGUGGACGCCAUCUGGAUUGAGAACUUGAAUUCUGUAUUGGAUGAUAACAAGACAUUGACCCUAGCUAACGGAGAUCGUAUACCAAUGUCCCCAGCUUGUAAGAUUGUAUUUGAGGUGCACAACAUUGACAAUGCGUCUCCCGCCACUGUCUCCAGAAACGGCAUGGUGUACAUGAGCUCCUCUGCUCUUGACUGGAGACCUAUUCUCCAGGGUUGGCUGAAGACACGGACGCCACAGGAGAGUGAAGUCUUGAUGAAUCUGUUUGACAAUAUCUUUGAUGAUUUAUACAACUAUGUCACUAAUAGUCUGGUCAAGAAGAUGGAUGUUCUACAGUGCAAUCAGAUCAAACAGGCGUGUGAUCUACUGGAAGGUCUGAUCCCCAAGCGAGAUGACAAGAGUGGUCUGCCUGCCUCCCAGCUGGAGAAACUGUUCAUUUUCUGUCUCAUGUGGAGUUUGGGUGCCUUGCUGGAACUGGACGGCCGGGCUAAGAUGGAAGAGUUCAUCACAAACCAUGAGUGUUCCUUGAACCUGCCACCUGUUCAGGAGGAGGAAACCAUCUUUGAGUAUGUCAUGGAUGACAAAGGUGAAUGGGAGCACUGGUCUAAGAGAGUCGAGGAAUAUAUCUACCCAUCCGACUCUGUACCAGAAUUUUCGUCCAUCCUUGUACCAAAUGUGGACAAUGUCCGUUCUAACUUCCUUAUUGACACCAUUUCUAAACAACACAAGGCUGUACUACUGAUAGGAGAACAGGGAACAGCUAAAACUGUGAUGAUCAAAGGCUACAUGGCUAAGUACGACCCUGAUCUCCACCUCGGCAAGAGUUUCAACUUUUCCUCUGCCUCCACACCGAUGAUGUUCCAGAGAACAGUGGAGAGCUAUGUAGACAAGAGGAUGGGAAGUACUUAUGGCCCACCAGGAGGCAGGCAUAUGACCGUGUUUGUGGAUGACAUCAACAUGCCUAUCAUCAAUGAAUGGGGAGAUCAGAUAACCAAUGAGAUCACACGUCAGAUGAUGGAGAUGCAUGGUAUGUACAGCUUGGACAAGCCUGGCGAUUUUAUAUCCAUCGUCGACCUCCAAUUUGUGGCUGCCAUGAUCCACCCUGGUGGUGGACGUAAUGACAUCCCUCAGCGUCUCAAACGACAGUUCUCCAUCUUCAACUGCACACUCCCCUCAAACAAUUCCAUAGACAAGAUCUUUGGCAUCAUAGGGUGUGGCUAUUUCUGUCCAGAGAGAUUUCAGACUGAAGUGUGUACACUGACUAAAGAACUGGUACCAGCCACUCGUAUACUGUGGCAAAUGACAAAGAUAAAGAUGUUACCAACCCCUGCCAAAUUUCACUACAUCUUUAACCUGAGAGAUUUGUCGAGGAUCUGGCAGGGCAUGCUGACCAUCCAAGGGGAUGAGUGUCAAAAUCAGGCCACUCUUCUAGCUCUGUGGAAACACGAGUGUACCAGGGUCAUCGCAGACAGGUUCACCAACCAUGAGGAUAAGUUGUGGUUUGAAAAUGCCUCGGUGAAUGUAAUGAAAAACCACCUGGGGGAGGAGUAUGCUACUUUGUGUCCAAAUGAACCGUACUUUGUAGACUUUCUGAGAGAACCCCCAGAGCCGACAGGGGAAGAGGCAGAUGAUGCUGUCCUUGAUGCUCCCAAGAUAUACGAGGCAAUUCCUGACUAUAAUUUCCUGAAUGAGAAGCUACUAGGCUACAUGUCACAGUACAAUGAAAUGGUGAGGGGUGCUCACAUGGAUCUCGUCUUUUUCAAGGAUGCCAUGGUCCAUCUCAUCAAGAUUUCAAGAAUCAUCCGUACCCCUCGAGGAGCAGCCCUGUUGGUGGGAGUUGGAGGUUCGGGUAAACAGUCUCUUACUCGCCUGGCUUCCUUCAUUGCUGGCUACAAAAUAUUCCAGAUCACUCUCACAAGGUAUACAAAACAAAAUCCAUCUCC